GACAGGUCAAGGCUUGAAUUAACAGAACCACCGCGUAAAUCGAGGCUUUUUCUCUGAUACUGCUGCAUGACAUUCUCUGUGCAUCUCAGGAGGGGUGUGACUUGCAUGUUUGCAGAGCAAGGAGGGCAGCUGCUCCGCGCUCCACAGCCGACAACCCCCCCUUCCACUCCUUCACCCGUACGCCCCCAGCCCCCUCUGUCUCCGCUGUCCCGAUUGCCAUUCCAACGCACACUCCUUGUGGAGCAACAGCUACAACUGAGUUAGCGAAGUGGAUUACGGCGUUUUUGCAGAAAAAAAAUUGAUGUUAUCUUUUUUUGGACGAUUGUGCGAGGACACAGGUGCGCUUUUGGACAAUGGUUUGCCACCCGUAAAGCGCGAGAAAGGCGUUAGAGAAAGAGCGCAUUGUAAUGCUCUGUAGCUUUGCCCUUUCCGUGGAUUUGCCCGAUGGUUUCAUUGAAAAACAAAAAGUACUUCAUUACUGCUUUCAGCGAUUGGAUGUAGUGGGAUGGAUUUUUUCUCUCUCCCUGCGCUAAUUCAAGACAUGAGAAUAAAAAGACUUGUAAAUCGUUCUGUGACUCUGGCUGUUUAGCGUCUGGGUUGUGUGGAACCGUCCGAUGGGUCCAGUAUAUACCUUUAUUCAUGUGGCAAGAUCCUAGUUUAUGACAAUGGAUUACUUGCUGUGGAUUUGCAGCUUUGUGCUUCCCGUGGUAAUAGCAGUUGAAGAAACACUGAUGGACAGCAAGUGGGCCACCACAGAACUGGCCUGGACCACGUUUCCUGAGAGUGGGUGGGAGGAGGUCAGCGGCUACGACGACUCCAUGAGCCCCAUCAGGACUUACCAGGUGUGCAACGUGCGCGAGCCCAACCAGAACAACUGGCUGAGGACGGACUUCAUUCCACGCAGGGGCGUGCUGCGUAUCUAUGUGGAGCUCAAGUUCUCGGUGCGGGACUGUGCCAGUAUUCCCAACAUCCCCGGCUCCUGCAAGGAGACCUUUAACCUGUUCUACUACGAGUCGGACGGCGACACGGCCACAGGCAGCAGUCCCGCGUGGAGGGAGAGCCCUUACGUGAAGGUGGACACAGUCGCCCCGGACGAGAGUUUCUCCCUCCUGGAGGCGGGCAGGAUCAACACCAAAGUGCGAAGCUUUGGCCCUCUGUCAAAGACCGGCUUCUACCUGGCCUUCCAGGACCUGGGGGCUUGCAUGUCGCUGAUUUCCGUGCGGGUUUUCUUCAAGAAGUGCUCGACAACCAUCGCCAACUUUGCCGUCUUUCCAGAGACCGCCACCGGGGCUGAGGCCACCUCCCUGGUCAUCGCCCCGGGGGCGUGUGUGCCCAACGCGCAGGAGGUGUCCUUCCCGCUGAAGUUGUACUGCAACGGGGACGGCGAGUGGAUGGUUCCGGUCGGGUCCUGCACCUGCAAUCCCGGGUUUGAGCCGGCCACGACCGACACUCAGUGCCAGGCGUGCACCCCCGGGUCAUUCAAAUACAAACCAGGAGAGGGUUCCUGUUACCCCUGCCCCCCCAACAGUCGCACCAGCACGAGGGGCGCCAACGUCUGCCCCUGCCAGAGCGGAUUUUACCGCGCCGACAGCGACUCUCCAGACUCGGCCUGCACCUCCAUACCCUCGGCGCCCCAGAACGUCUUCUCCACUGUCAACGAGACCUCCAUCUCCCUGGAGUGGGAGGACCCACUGGACCCGGGCGGGCGGGACGACAUCAUCUACAACGUGGUGUGCAAGAAGUGCCUGAGCGAGAGGAGCAUGUGCACGCGCUGCGACGAGAACGUGGACAUGACACCGCGGCGGCUGGGCCUCACCCAGAAGAAGGUGGUGGUGAGAAACCUGCAGGCGCACACCCGCUACAGCUUCGAGGUCCAGGCGGUCAACGGCGUUUCUGGAAAGAGCCCGGGCGUGCCGCGCUAUGCCACCGUCAACAUCACAACCAACCAGGCCGCACCGUCAGCAAUACCCACAGUGCAUCUGAUGAAGUCGACAUCAGACUCUCUGAGCCUGUCCUGGCUGCCGCCUGAGAGACCCAACGGAGUCAUCCUGGAUUAUGAGAUCAAGUACUACGAAAGGGGCCAGGCGCUGUCCCACACGGUGACGGCCCAGCACAGCACGGCCCGUGUGGAGGGUCUGCGGUCGGCCACUCCCUACGUGGUGCAGGUCCGGGCCCGCACUGUGGCCGGCUAUGGCCGCUACAGCAUCCCAAUGGACUUCAGCACCUCCGUGCACAGUGACCCUCAGAAAUCAGUGCAGGACCAGUUGCCUCUAAUCGUGGGCUCGGCGUCUGCCGGGCUAGUGGUCAUCGUUGCCCUUGUGGUCAUUGCGAUAUUAUGUUCAAGGAAGCAGCGCAGCAAUUCGGAGCUGGAAUACACAGAGAAACUGCAGCAGUACGUCUCUCCAGGAGUCAAAGUGUACAUUGAUCCAUUCACUUACGAAGACCCCAACGAGGCCGUCCACGAAUUUGCCAAAGAGAUUGACAUCUCGUGUGUGAAGAUCGAGGAAGUUAUUGGCGCAGGGGAGUUUGGGGAGGUGUGCCGCGGCCGUCUGAAGCAGCCCGGUCGGCGCGAGGCGGUGGUGGCCAUCAAGACGCUGAAGGCAGGCUACACGGAGCGGCAGAGGCGGGACUUCCUGGGCGAGGCGUCGAUCAUGGGCCAGUUCGACCAUCCGAACGUGAUCCGCCUGGAGGGGGUGCUGACCCGCAGCUGCCCAGUGCUCAUCAUCACCGAGUUCAUGGAGAACGGCGCGCUGGACUCCUUCCUCAGGCUGAAUGACGGGCGUUUCACGGUGACACAGUUGGUGGGCAUGCUGCGUGGCAUCGCGGCGGGCAUGAAGUACCUCUCGGACAUGAACUACGUCCACCGGGACCUGGCCGCUCGCAACAUCCUGGUCAACAGCAACCUGGUGUGUAAGGUGUCCGACUUCGGCCUGUCCCGUUUCCUCGACGACUCGUCGGCCGACCCCACCUACACCAGCUCUCUGGGAGGGAAGAUUCCCAUUCGUUGGACCGCCCCCGAGGCCAUCGCCUUCAGGAAGUUCACUUCGGCCUCGGACGUGUGGAGCUACGGCAUCGUGAUGUGGGAGGUGGUGUCCUACGGAGAAAGGCCCUACUGGGACAUGAGCAACCAGGAUGUGAUGACGGCGGUGGAGCAAGACUACCGUUUGCCACCACCCAUGGACUGUCCCAUGGUGCUGCACCAGCUCAUGUUGGACUGCUGGGUGAAGGAGAGGAACCUGAGGCCCAAGUUCUGCCAGAUAGUCGGCAACCUGGACAAGCUGCUUCGCAACGCUGCUAGCCUUAAAGUGGUCACUAGCACAUACUCCGGGGAUCUGCUGCGGAUCGGGGGGACGUUGCCCGGCCAUCACAGGAAGAGCCUUGACAGUAGUCAGAGUGACAUCGCUCGACAGCACGUGAGCCAGACCCUGCCCAUCAGGGUCUAAACUAACCAAAAACAACCAAACUGGGCAAAGACCCGGCGCUGGAAACUGGGACCACCAGAAACUACCUAGGAACUCUUGCUCGCGGAGCCCACUGUAUAAAUGAAUGACAAAUGCCCAGACAAAACCAAUGUUUUCUAGACAAACGGUUGUCCAUGGAGACGUUGUCCGCGGUGGACAAAACUGUGUCUACCGCACCGAAACAGAGCCGACGUGGAGGAGGACAUCUCAACUUCGGUGCGGAUCGAGAACAGAUGUGUAAAGCUUAUGGAGAGCUUGUCCGUUGCAGUGUGUUCGCGCUCGGUAUCGACCUUUUGUGGAAUUUGCGAACUGUCCGUUGACAGGCGUCCAAACUCCCUCUCAGGUUGUGUUUGCAUGUAUGCAUGUGUUUUUCCCAAAGUGAUUCCCAUGUCUUCCCUGCCUUUUAUCCCUGAUUUUGAAACUGGACAGAAUCGGAGAUGAUACUUCGGACUAGAAGGGUGCAGCCCUGAUGCAACAGAGUUGGUUCACAUAGAGUUUUUUUUUUUCUCCUUCAACAAUUUCCCAGUGGAGAGUUUUAAAACUGCGGCACACCUGGGCAUCUGCACCAAGCCGUUGUGCCCCCCCCCCCCCCCCCCCACACACACACUGCUCAGUCACAUGGGUCAGAGCAUGUGAGGGCAAGUUUAUUCACCCGACGACCUCAGUUCGCUUUGCACGCUCUGGUGCCACCUAAAGGAGUCGCCAGAGCACAACGAGGUGAGGAAGUUCCUGCUGACGAUGUCGCCCCCUUCCCCAUGCAAUGCUGGCAAAUUUGCAUCGUCCAUGGAGCUUUUCAGCUAGUCGUGGGCUAGCGGUACAAUCAAGAUUUGAUUCUUGACUGUGGUGCUCAGCAAGGGGUUACGAAUGAGCGCCUGAGAACGCUGUGCCUCCUGUGUUUGAUGAUGGAUCAUACAGACUCUGAAGGAUUGUAGACACCUUGGAAAUAUUGUAUACCAAUGCCCAAACGUAGAAAACUUUACAAUAAUUGACAAUAAUUAUUUUAUCUUCCUUUGCCCACUUUAUUUAAACAGGAUCUUCCAUGCUACUGGAAGACGUUGGUCUCAUUAUACUGAAUGUCUAUUUGUGUGAGUCCUCCACCCCAGAUAAAGGAGGUGACUGAGUAGGACAUCAUAUAUACUGUAACACAGUGCAUGCCAAAGUGGAACUGUCGUGGAUUAACAUAGGUAAUGGUUCUGCAUAACUGAUGCUUCUCAGACAUUUGCCAGGUUUUCUUUCUCAAUUCAUUCAGCUAUGCCUUGUUUUUUAGAGUAAGUCAUUACUGGUUGUUGAAAAAAAUAUAUGAUUUCCUUUCUACAGUGACUGAGUUAUAUCUGAUUUUUUAUGAUGUUUUUUUUUCUUUCAUGUACACCAGACAGGAAGUGUAAUGAUUGAACAAGACUUGUUUUUUUUGCGGAGGCUGUUGCUAAAAGAAAAGGGUUAAUGAAGGCUAUAUUCUCGUCACCAUUGCCGAUCGCUUAGACUGUUGCUCCAGUCUUUUUGUGCUUUAAACAACUUCACUUUGUGUCCGUUCAUUGUGUGACCCCUGACAGUUGAAGGAAUUGAGUCCGUUCAUUGUGUGACCCCUGACAGUUGAAGGAAUUGAGUCUGUUCAUUGUGUGACCCCUGACAUUUGAAGGAAUUGAGUCUGUUCAUUGUGUGACCCCUGACAGUUGAAUGAAUUGAGUCCGUUCAUUGUGUGACCCCUGACAGUUGAAGGAAUUGAGUCCGUUCAUCGUGUGACCCCUGACAGUUGAAGGAGUUGAGUCUGUUCAUUGUGUGACCCCUGAACAUGACAGUUGAAGGAGUUGACUGAAGCAUGUAGUGUUGGGUCUAGCUAACUGAUAUCUAUGUUGAUGUCAGCUUUUUGUGUGAAAUGACAAAAGCUCACCAGUAAAAUAAUAGAAAUGUGACCAUAAUAUGGUCCUGACCCACAAAACACUCAUGUAGUUUGAAUAAUUCCGUUAAUUGCUUUGAUGUGUUUUUUUCAAACCAUUCAAGCUAUCAGUAUCAACCUCUCACUUUAAACUGCCGCUGAUCUAGUGUUACACCCCCCACCAACCAGUGCUCCCGGAGUUCAUCAUGUGACUUCUCUGACCUCCAUGUGCCCCCCCUCCUCUGGAUCUGUUUCAUGUUGGCGACGGGCAACAUCAAAAGAAUAAUGACAGUUUUAAUGGCGAUGUGUACGAGAAGAAGAAAAAAAAUUGUGUGAAGAACAAAACAAGGAAAUGAAACUGUCUGUCGGGCCGGAUUUAAUUCUGUACGAGUAAGGUGAUUGGAAUUGUAAAAAAUGAGAACUAAAUACACAAUUCUCUGAGUAUUUUUCAGAUAAUCAUAUGCAAAUAAAUUAUUA